CUUUAAAAUGCGGAAGCAUGCCCUAGCUUACAGUACAUCCUGUAUUUUAUAAGCAGUAUCUGUCACAAAACUCUCCUGAGAACAUUACAAUGACUAAUUUACCAGCAGCCCUGAUUGUACCGGGAUGCCUUUUAUUCUUUUUUCAGGGAAGCUGGUCUAGAUCUCCGUUCUCACCUAGUGCAGAUGUGAGUUGUAUCAGUAUGGAUUGCAUGGUCAACAUCAGCUGUUUGAUCAUUGAUCUAAAGUAUGUCGACUGUAACUGGACCAAAGCCCAGAUGCAGCAGAUAAACUACACUUUCAGCAGCAAGUUUUCGCAUGAUUCAUUCCGUGAGUGUCCGGAGUACCUCCAGGAGCACGGUCAGACUGUCGGCUGCAGGAUCCCUCUUGAAGACCAAAUGCAGCGGUUUAACCCUUUCUCCACAAAGCUCUCUGUUGGAGGAAAUAGGUCAAUCUAUAAAAAUUACACAGAUUUAAAACAAAGAGUGAAGCUCAACCCUCCCUAUAACCUCUCUGUGAACGCGAGUGAUAGAGAUGGAGAGGUCUGUGCACGCUGGACAGUGCGUCGUACCGGUAUCAUGCAGAAUUGUGAGAGGUAUAAAGUGGGCUAUCAGAAAGCCUCUGGCUCAUGGAAGUUCUCCACUGACGUGCCCUCCUCUCCAUACUGCAUAUCUCCUGUCUCCAGUAGAGUCAUGUAUACAUUCAAAGUACAAAGGAGCAUAUCGACUAAUUGCGGUGGUUCUGAAUUUUGGAGUGAUUGGAGCAAUCUAGCACAGUGGGGUGAAAACAAAGCACAGCCUCCGGUGUACUGGCAAGUGUUCGGCUCUGUUCUGGCAGUCCUUAUCCUCAUCGGCCUUUCUUUACUGUUGUACUAUAGUGAACGGAUUAAAGUUGUUUUCGUUCCUGUGACACCUGACCCAAGCAAGAGCCUGCAGGAUUUAUUCAAGAAACAUAAUGGCAAUGUUGAGAGCUGGGUUUAUAUCUCCAGAGAGCUGAAGGAUGCUUUUGAGACAGAUUACACGGAGACACCAUGUGUUGUAUGUGAAUCAAGUCCCACUUUGGAGACUAAAACUGUGGAUGGUCCUAUGGAGCAGCCUGUCUCUUAAACCUACUGUACUGUUAUUGCUGUUAAUGGGUCCAAGCCAACUGGAAGAGUUACAUUUACCUUUACUUCAUUUGGCUGAUGCUUUUAUUCAUUCAGAGAGACUUACAACUGAAACAGGAUGUAUUUGUGAUAUUGAACAUUAGUUCACCCAGUCCUUAUAAAUAAACCUGAUUGUGCUACUUGAAGAUCAUCGAAGUGUAUUUUGGCAGUCUUGAAUGCUCAGGUUCUUCAUUCUGCCUUACUUGAAUUACUAUAAGUUCCUUUUCUGUUCUGAUAGUGAAACACAACCUCAGCCAAAGUUGAUGGAGGCCUGCUGUAAGAAAGAUCUUGAUGCCUGUUAGUAGCAGGUUUUGCUUGAAAGUCUUUAAAAGGCUUGACUUUUUUUUUUUUAAAACAGAUGUCAUGGUUUAAAAUGUAUUUUAUUUUAAUCAAAUAACUGAAGACAAGCUGAUUCC